AUGUCAAGCAGAAGGACUGGAUCUGAGCUGUCGAGAGGUGUUAGUGUGGAUAGAAUCAACAAGCAACAGAUAUCGACUGAACUGCCGAGAUUAUCGACUAAUGAAUCGGGAGAUUUAUCCAGUACUUCCAGCUCAGGCACAAAUUCAGAUGACGAGCUAGACGAAUAUGAUGGAGAAGACGCCGAUGAUGAACAAACACCUAAACCACUGUACGAAAAACUUUCAAGACAACAGACAAUGACUGCAAGCGCACUCUCUAAAAGGAAUAGUGCUUAUUCUGUGGGGAGUUGCAAAUCAAUGAAUAGAAUAAAAACAGCCGAGAGUGCUAAUACGACCGUAUCUGCUCAAAGUAUGGCUUCUGAUUCUACAGCGAACUCAAAUGGAAUUAUGGAUAGAUACGUGGCGCCCCAUAUUUUGGAGUUGACAACGAGGGAAAUAGUACUUUUAAGACAGUCAUGGUCCAUGAUGAUAAAUGAUGAUAUUUCCACACAGGCUUUAUCUGACUUUUAUCAUAAAUUACAAAGUGAGAAGAGAAUUGGAGCUACUACAAAUACAAAAUUAAAUGUCAAGCUAUCACAAUUUCAACACUUAUCCUCUGUCCCUCCUACAGAGAAGGAACCAAAUGGCAAGGAUGGCAAGUUUGAAUUUAACUCUGUGGAUAACGAGACAAUCUCGAAUUGUCUGUUUUGUACACAAUUAUAUGAGAAUUUGAAAGUAAUGUCCCCAAACUUGGAAAAAAAUUUCCCUACGAUAAGACAUCAGACGUAUGCAUUUGCUCGAAUAGUAAAUGAAACAAUGAAUCAAUUAGAAAACCUAGGUGCAAUGGAUGAUAGGUUAUGUCAGUUGGGAAAGAUGCAUUCAAGAGUGGUAGGUGUUACACCACCAGAUUUUGAACUGAUGGGUGUAGUAUUUAUUAGAACGUUACAAGAUAGGUUUGGCAUUCUAUUUACUUUUGAAUUAGAAGAGUUAUGGUCCAAACUAUAUUCCUAUUUGGCCAACUCGAUAAUACUUUACGGAACAGAUCCGAUGCUGCGGAUAAAGAGAAAGGACCUUUAUUCGGUUGAGAAAGAGAGUAAAGGGUUGGAAUUCCCUAUACCUGCAAUACUUGAACCAAAAGUGGAAAAGAAUAAGAAGAAUGCCAAUAGUUCCCCCCUCCUAUACGAGAAAAAUGAGAACGUCGUGGACAACAAAUUAACGACCGUCAAGACAGUUUCCACAUCUUCCAUGGCUAACGCCAAGCGGUUACAGGGGCGGUCCACGGUGAUACAAUCGAGGCCCAUACGAGGCUCCUCCGCAAGUAAGAAGGAGUGUAUACUUAUGUAA